GGAUUAGCUAAUGGUACUGCUCCUAUCACCUCACAUAUGAUUGGACUACUACAUAAUCAUGAAAUAAAACCUGGAAAAAGGAAAAAACAUCAUGGAGAAAGAGAAGACAAAAAAAGGAAACGUGAAAAAAGACUGAUGAUAAACAUAAAAGAAAAAAGAAAAAGCACAAAAUGGAUGAAAGUGGCAGAUGGUCUCCAAGCAGAUUGAAUGAUGAUGAUCAUGUCCCUGUAAUAAACAAAUCUGAGGGAUUGCGCUUAUCUGGAUUAGCUGCACCAUUGAAAAAGGAUUUGAACCGAUGGCUUGAAGAUCAUCCAGCUUACUCUGUUGAUUAUCCAACUCAGCCCAUCUCUGUGUCACAUGGUGUGGAUGGCGAUGACAAGAAACUAAAAAAGAAGAGAAAAAGGCAAAUAAAUCCAUCUAAGUUGGAUAUUAAUAAAAUAACUGGUGACGAGAAAGUUGCUGUAAUUAAUAGACAUAAUGGAAGAAAGAUUCCAGGUAACAAAGCUCCGUCACUGUCUGUUCUCAGUGAUUGGCUGGAGAGAAAUCCAGAAUAUGAUGUACCUACUGACUGGGCUGCCAUUGUAAUGCACAAGGGUUAUUUAUCUGCCAAGCUGUCCAAUAGAAUACAGCCUGCUGUGAAUAAAGGAGGAACACUUAUCCAACCGGCUACAUUUCUUUCAUCUGGGGAUAGUUCGUUAUCUCUUCCAGCAUUGUCAGGAUUUCCUUCUGGUUUCCUCCCAGGUGGAAAAUUUCCGUUAGGCCCAGGAUUUCCUAACCUCGGAGUUACACCUUUUGGAAUUAAUCCAUUACUUGGUUUGGCUGGAUUUGGAGCCCUGCCAUCUUUUCAAAUACCAAACGUUAAAGAUCCCUCGCUCAGAGAUGUGGAUGACGAUGAAGAAGAUGACAAAAGUGAUGAUGACAAGUUAUCUGGGAAUAGUCAGGCUGCUGGCAGUGCAGCUGCAACAUCAACUUCUAAAACAAUGCCAUAUCUUUUCCCAUCUCAAUCAGGGCUGUUUUACUCUCCUUUCAUUACACCACCGGGGUUUCUCAACCCAGCCACUUUAGCAUCUGCUGGAACAAUAAAUGGUGUUACAACAUCUAAUAGUGUUGAUAUUUUGUCAUAUAAUUCAAAAGUCAUGAAAGACCCAAAAGUUGUCGCUCAAAAACCAUUGAUCAAACCAACUUCAGCUGGUAUUAGCGGUGGUGACCAUGACAGUGAUUUAGGAGCAAACAUAGAAGACAUUCCAGAUAAUGAACUUGUUGAUGACGAGGACGACGAUGACAACGAUGACAACGAUAACGCAGGGGACAGUUUUAAAUUCGACGAUGACUUUGAUGAAGCCAAUGAAGCUUUAUAAUUGAUGCUGAGAGUACAUGAUAAUUUCAAUAAACAUUCCACUCCUCUUGAAUUAUUUCUAAUGUCUAUUAACUUACAAGUGCCUGAUAUUGGUACGUAUCUAUUGAGAAAGUCUUUCAUCUCUACACUGGUUUUAUUUCCAUGUACAAGGCCCUAGAUUACAUUGUUUGAUUUGUACAUAUGUGACUUCACUGCCAAUCACAUGUAAUAAGAGUUAUUGUUGCUUUUUUUGUUGUCUCUGUUCAUAGGUUCUUGCAUAGAUUUCAGAACUUGUAAAUCAAAUUACUGCUAGUUGGUAUCUUGUUGUUCUCCUCCCUCGCCCCCUUCCAAAAUAACAGAUUGUUAAAAUGAACUGAACGUUUGUAUAGCUUGGUUCUCAGAUGACACUGUCGCAUCAGAGCUGCUGAAUUUUGACUGUCAAAUGUGCUGCUCAUUAAUUAAAAUACUUUAGAGUAGUUGUAAAGAUUUUCGGAAGCAAUACAAGUAUUUACUAAAACAUGCUUCAAAAUAAAACCUGUAACGAUGUGUAAAUAAUAGCUAUACUAUAGACAGGUUAUAUAUGCUGAUAUAAACUUUGCAGUUAGCUAGUUUGCUAACUUUUGUUCAGCGAGUUGUUUCAAACGGUUCGUAAAUUUACUGCAGAUUGUUGUGUUCCUUCACCCCUUUCCUUAUUUUCUUCCCUCCCUCCCUCCCCCAUUCUGUUCUUCCCUCCCUUUCCCUUCCCAAGUUUUUGUGCAAGUUUUAAUUUGUGAAAAUUGUAUAGCCCAAAGUUGUGCUGUUUUAAAUACAACAGCCGUAAUAUAUAUAUACACACACAAACACCAAAAAAGGUCAUUUACUGGUUCAGUCAUUUAUAUUUAUUACAUUGAUCACAUUAUGCAAGAAUUUCAUAGAUUUUGGAUAAAAGCUUUCAGGGACAAGGAUAUGCAAAUAAAUAUUUGUAAUUUGCAAAAAAAAAAUGAACAUGUAAUUUUUUUGGCAAAUCAAUUGGUCAUUUUUAAGUGAAAUUUGUAAUUGGGUAUGUAGCACUAAAGGGUUUGAGUUCUCUAAGUUUCCGCCAUUGGGAGCAAAAAUUAGUUUUUACGAAUAUUUACAGCUUGAGCAGCAACAACUGCCCUAUGUACAGUUUAAGUAUUGUCAAAACAAAAGUUAUUCGACUUUUAUUAGUUGUAUUUUUUAAUUGAAGUGAUAACGGUAUAGUUUAUCAAUGUUGUAUAAAUUGAAAUAUUUUGUUUGUGGAAAUAAUUUUGCUUUCAAGAUUGAGUGUUAUGUUUUACUGAGGGAGACCUGUGAAUAGAGAUUUAUAUUCUUGGUGUCUCGCCACAGUAGUGAAAAUUUGUUGAUACAAUAUUGGUGCUUUUCAUUGCCAACAUGUUGGGAAAACGACCUUGUUUUCAGUAUCAGAUAUUUUAAGACAAGAUCGAACGGUGACGGAACACCCAAAUAGUGUUAAUCAAACUUCAGUUUGUGUGCUUUAUCUUUUUGAAAUGAGAAAUAAUUUGUGUGUAUUUAUUUAUUUUCUUUCUGGAUUUGUGCAUUUGAAUUGUUUUAUUAAUGGUGAUACAAGUGGGAGCCCUUUUGUCAAGCUGUUUUUUAUCUGUUGACAGAUUUGGUUUGUUUCCACUAAAUUAAGUGUCCAUGGGUACUUUUUUGAUCAGAUGUAUUUAUUAAAUUCCACAGUUAUGAAGGGAGAGAAAUGUAAUUGAUUUUUUUUCUAUGACAGUAAAUACAAUACUGUUUCAGUUUUCAGUUGUUUGUGAUGUAUGAAUUGUUUGCAGCUCUGCUGUGCAAUGACUAUUCCUUUCUGACCUGUAAUGUGUGUAUGCUUUAAGGAGUAUCAUAUAAAAAGAAAGUAUACCAACAAUGUUAUGGUUACUUGCAGUACUGUAUUUAUUGUCAGAAACGGAAAGAUUCAGCAAGCAGUUGCUUUGUCCUAUGUACAGCGCUCAACUUAAUUUAAUACAUAAAUACGAUGAUCUGUUGUACAUUA